UCGUAUAUAAACACGAUGGAUUCUCAUCUAGCGUCAGUACAACAAAUAACUAAAAUGAAUAAGUUCUUCGUAGCUACCUUGCUUGCAAUAGUUUUUGCUAUUGCUCUUUUUGAAGUCAAUUCGCUACCACUGGACGAUGAAGUGGCUCCAGUGGGAGAUGAACCUCAUGGACGAGUUACCUGCGACGUCAUCGGUAGUGAAACUCUUUGUGCCAUCCGUUGCAUUGCCAUGGGACACAAAGGUGGCUACUGCGAAAAAGGAGUCUGCCAUUGCCGAGAUUGAAUACCUUCUUAGUAAAAAUAUUCCUAUUUGCGUAAAAGUCUGACAAAUGUAAUUUUCCUUGUGUUGGUUUAAAGCAAAUUAUAUUUACAGACUAACUACAUUGUUACCUACAAUAUACUUAAGUAUGUUAAUGACAUUUUGUUAGUUAAUCAUCAUUCAUCAUUCACAUUGAUACAUAUAAAUAAAUGCUGGUUUUAAUUUUA